AAUUUGGGUGAAUACCGACUAAAAAGAGGUUUGAGGUCAGAAGUUGAGAAGCAAGAUAAUAAUAUCAAAAAUGAUGGUAAUGGUAGUAACACAAGGAUCCGAGACUUCUGGGAUCAGAAACUACUCUUUCUUCAGUUUCUGAUCUCAGAUUCUCGCUGAAAUUCGAUAUGGUUUUGCUUUCUUUAAUGGCGUCUACUCAUAAUCAUCCUGGACUUGUAUUUUAUCAUGAACAACCCAUUUCCAGAUCCUAUAAGGAUUUUUCUCAACAUUUACCAACUUCUGGAUCCAGGCAAGAGCUAACAAGAUCAAAUAAUUUUUCUUUGAUGCCAUACGAGCAGGAUAAUCUGUUUAAAUCAAUGAAUGGGGUUUAUAGACUCAGUCAGUUUGCAGGGGCUGCUCCUAUCAAACGAAUGCCUCUGCCCAGUGAUGUGCGAGAUAAGCAAACAGAUCAUAUCGUCUUCAGCUAUGGUAUUGAUGAACUGUGGUCAAAGCAUAAACAGUUGUUAGAGUUUAUGAUGUCUGAUUCAAAUGGGUUCGAAAAGGAAUAUCUGGAAUCUAUGUUUCCUGAUUUGGUGGACAUUAAAGCAACAGCUGCUAAUAUGCACCUGCUGCACCUGGCUAGUAAUGAUUUUGAGUCGAAGAAUAUAUCUGGACCAAAUACACAUCUGCUUCACCCAAGUGGGAGCUAUUAUGAUUUGGAGGCGAACUCUGAUUUGGUUCACGAUCUUCCUUGUCCAACAAUAUCUGACUUGAAACUUCCAAUUGUGGAUAGUAUGAUUGAUGUGAAGGAUAUGGUUUCUGUUUUAGAAGAGUUUAAAGUGAAGGAUUCAGCAUGGAGGAAGCAGGUGCUUGUGCCUAAUUUUGGAUGGAGUGCCACAAUCGAUUUGCAGGAUGAACUUUUGAAGGUAGAAUCCCGGAUUGCUGCUCCCCUUAAGAGUCCAGAGAAAGUAAAACGAAAGCAAUCUUCAAGAAGAAAGAACAAGCGAGGAGCUGGGGAUAGGGAUCCUUAUAAGACAAACUCUUUUCAGGCUUGUGAGUUGCUUCUAUCUCUAAUGAUGGACAAGAGCCGGAAUCAGAAGUCAUUGACGAAUUCAAUAAAGAAAGCGGGUCCUGCACUACCUUUACUAUUGACGCAGUUCUCUGCUAGCAUUACAGGAACUGGACUUGCUGUUAUCUUCACUAUCCUUUAUAAAAUGGCUUGUGGAAGCAUAACUCUAUGCACAUCCAAUCUCCUUACUUCUGGUCUUGGUGUUGGACUCUUUUGGCUUUCAUGCUCAGUGAAUAAGUUGAGGGACACUGUCGUAUAUAUCGGUAAGAACUCUGCGAAGGCGGAACUUGGAAACGAAGUCAUGAUGAAAGUCGAUAAAAGUGUGAACGACAUUUUCAUCCGUACUGCUACUUUGAUGGUGGUGUUUAUGUUAAGGUUAGCAUGAAUGUGAUGAAUGAUAUUGUAUGGUCUAAACCUUGUGCUUCAAUGUUUAUAAUUCAACUUGACCUUUUUUUGUGAUUUUUUGUUUCAAUUUCUUUUCAAUUGUAGUUGAUAUUUCAAAAGAUAAAGGGUGUUUGGCAAUUAGUUUGUUGGUUCA